AUGGACAGCAAUCACCUCUUUGUUCAAAUCAUUUUUGACAAGGAAACUUUAGAGAAUGCCAGGUCGUUCCCUAGCAGUGGAUUCGAAAUAAUUGAAGCUGAUCGGUUAAUUGAAGAGGAGGAUUUUAGUACUUCAUCAACAUCAUGGCUAGCCCGCGAUCUUAGAGGCCAUCAAUAUAUCACCCUAAAGGUGUAUCUACUGUUUUAUCGUCAUAUUGCCAGCUGUAUGGUAGGUACCUCACACCGUGGACAAGGAAAUAUUUGGAGACUGUUAGAUUUGUUUGAAAUUACUGGCGCAUAUGGCAGACACCUUGUGCUUAUCUUUGAAGCUGCUCAAAUGAGUCUGCGCGACAUGAAGAUGGUGUUCUGUCAGGAGGGAUUUGAAGAAGACUUUGUUUGGGGUGCUAUAACUGAGCUUCUUAAGGCUUUAGACUUUCUGCAUACACAUGGGAAUGUCAUCCACACUACCCCAGAAACAUUGCUUUAUAUAGGUUGGAGCUACCUAGUUGAUAUCUGGAGUGUUGGCCUUAUGGCGUGGGAUCUCAUGGAACCUAGAAAACUUUUUACAGCAUGCCCUCCCCCUCCUGAUUAUCUAGCUAAGAAUCCAGAAAGGAGAGCUGACUUUUGGGAUGAACAUGGGAAUUGGCUGGGCCUUGCGCCCAUUCCACAUGAUAGGACCAUGGAAGCAUUGGAAUCUUGCCUGGAAAAUAAAUCCAUCUUCCUUUAA